AUGACAAGAGUAGACCACCAACCUCAUCCCAAGAUCCAAACCUUGGAGAACAACCCCAUCUCACCUCUCCUUCCCCACGGCUCUCUCAUCCUCGCAUGCAGCAUCAUAUGCGUAGCCCUCAUCGCUAAUUGUCUCGAACGAUGGAUUCUCCCACGCAUAUACAAGAGAAUCUACCCAGCCCUCGAAUUCCACGGCGAUGAGCGACGUCGCCGCUCGUUUACUUAUUUCCACAUCGGCGCAUUUAUCCUCAUCUCCAUCUUAAUAUCUACUGGAUAUACUAUGAUGGACUUUCUGGUUGGCAAAGCCGUUCUCACUGAGCCUUUGGUAAAAGGUGGUAGGAUCACGGUUGGUGAUCACCUGUUGGUCGCGACGCAAGUUUACUGUGCGUACUAUCUCUUUGAGAUGUGCUUUCGUACCAAGUUUGCGAGCUAUAUCAGCAUUGCGCAUCAUACCGGGUUACUCGUUAUUUCGCAGAUGGCGUUGAGUCUUUUCGCGAAUACGAAAAAGAAUCACGAAGCGACACUAGAAUUUUACAUGUGCAUGGUCUGGGGUACUUUCGACGUGGUAGUAGAGAUACCCAUCUUCAUUUCCAUGAUUCUUUGGCGCGUAAAACGUGACAAUCCUACAUUCUUGUCUCGUAUGGCAUUUGGAUGCUGCAUUUGGGCGGUUGUGGCAGCCUUCACAGAAACCAUCGUUACGAUAUAUCUCCUACACAACUCUUGGGCGCAGUGGGGUAUUGCGUGGAAGAUCAUCACCCCAGUUGUAUUCUCGCUUUGGAUCACCACACAAUUAUAUGGCUCGACGCGCCUUUACUCGAUGGGUCGCGCAGAAUACCGCAAAAUGAAGGGCAAGUCGGAGAGUCAGGAAAAUCUGCCAGUUUGA